AUGGGAUGGCCCCCGGUGAUGUGGGGCAUGGAUGGAUUGGAGGCUGUUGUCAUUGGAGAAGUUCAUGAGAAUGUUACUCUGCACUGUGGCAACAUCUCGGGACCGAGGGGCCUGGUGACCUGGUACCGGAACGACUCGGAGCCUGUCUUCCUUCUCUCAUCCAACUCUAGCCUCCCGCCAGCUGAGCCUCGCUUCUCUCUAGUGGAUGCCAGCUCCCUGCACAUCAAAUCGCUGGGCCUGGGAGAUGAGGGGAAUUACACCUGCCAGGAGAUCCUGAAUGUGACUCAGUGGUUCCAAGUGUGGCUGCAGGUGGCCAGCGGCCCCUAUCAGAUUGAGGUCCACAUCGCAGCCACCGGCACACUCCCCAACGGCACCCUCUACGCAGCCAGGGGCUCCGGGGUGGACUUCAGUUGCAACAGCAGCUCCAGGCCACCACCCAUGGUUGAAUGGUGGUUCCAGGCCCUGAAUUCCAGCAGUGAGUCCUUCGGCCACAAUCUGACAGUCAACUCUUUCUCGCUGUUACUGAUGUCGCCAAACCUCCAAGGGAACUACACCUGUUUGGCCUUGAAUCUGCUCAGCAAGAGGCAUCGAAAGGUGACCACCGAGCUCCUGGUCUACUACCCCCCUCCAUCAGCUCCCCAGUGCUGGGCACAGAUGGCAUCAGGAUCGUUCAUGCUGCAGCUCACCUGUCGCUGGGAUGGGGGAUACCCUGACCCUGACUUCCUGUGGAUAGAAGAGCCAGGAGGUGUAAUCGUGGGCAAGUCAAAGCUGGGGGUGGAAAUGCUGAGCGAGUCCCAGCUGUCGGAUGGCAAGAAGUUCAAGUGUGUUACAAGCCACAUAGUCGGGCCAGCGUCGGGCGCCAGCUGCGUGGUGCAGAUCAGGGGUCCCUCCCUUCUCUCUGAGCCCAUGAAGACUUGCUUCGUUGGAGGCAAUGUGACACUUACCUGUCAGGUGUCUGGGGCCUACCCCCCUGCCAAGAUCCUGUGGCUGAGGAACCUUACCCAGCCUGAGGUGGUCAUCCAGCCCAGCAGCCGCCAUCUCAUUACCCAGGACGGCCAGGACUCCACCCUCACCAUCCACAACUGCUCCCAGGACCUGGAUGAGGGCUACUACAUCUGCCGGGCUGACAGCCCUGUAGGGGUGAGGGAGGUGGAAAUCUGGCUGAGUGUGAAAGAACCUGUAAAUAUCGGGGGGAUUGUGGGAACCAUUGUGAGUCUCCUUCUGCUGGGACUGGCCAUUAUCUCAGGGCUUCUGUUGUAUUACAGCCCUGUGUUCUGCUGGAAAGUAGGAAACACUUUCAGGGGACAAAACAUGGAUGAUGUCAUGGUUUUGGUGGAUUCAGAAGAGGAGGAGGAGGAGGAGGAAGAUGCUGCAGUAGAGGAAGAGGAGGAAGCACAUGAGAGAGAGGAGUUGCCAAAAGAAAUACCUAAGCAGGACCACAUUCACAGAGUGACCGCCUUGGUGAAUGGGAACAUAGAACAGAUGGGAAAUGGAUUCCAGGAUCUACAAGAUGACAGCAGUGAGGAGCAAAGUGACAUUGUUCAAGAAGAAGACAGGCCAGUCUGAAGAAGAGGAUGGUCCAUGGUUGUCUUGCUCUGAAAGCUUGGAAAGCUACACUGAAGAUGAGCUCUUCAUUCAGCUUUGACUCGACCUGCACCCCUGGCCGGGGCUUGCACUAGCAACAUUUGGGUCUCAGCAAAAAACAAAACCAAGCACACACAUCUUUCCUUCCAUUUAUUGAAAAACGUCGGUUUGAUUUGCUCUAAGUUUUCCCAAUGAUGUUUAAAAGCUUUGAGAAG